AUGCUGCUGCCGUCCGCUACGGAGCAAGCGCGCCACUUGCGGCGUCAGCGCAUGUCACUGUUUUCGCGCAACACGUCGCUAAAGGACGAUGUAUGGAAAGGGUAUGAACGCAUCGUAGGUUUCGACACGAUGCCGGACGCAGAGGACACGGCGAGCAGAUCGUCCUCGUACACUCUACAGGUAAAAGCCAAGGGCUAUACGCGCACAAAACAUACACGCACGUUCAUGUGUGCCGUCGACGCCACAGAAAGUAGUGAGCGCGCGCUCGAGUGGAUGAUGGAGCAUCUCGUGGACGACGGCGACGAGCUCAUUGCUGCUCGUGUGAUGAGCUUGGACCAGGACCAUAUUUCCCAAGGCGCCAUUCGGGAUGGCGCACAUAGUCUCUUGUCGUCGAUUGUCCACUUGAACAAGGCAACGCAUGACGAGCGCAAAAUUUCGAUCACGGUCGAGUUUGUUCGAGGCUCCAUCAAACCGACGAUCCUCGAGUUAGUCAGCAUGUACCGGCCUGAGAGCCUCACGAUCGGAACGCGCGGAAAGCAGGUCAGUGCAUUGGAGAAGAUGCUUGGAACAACGCCACUUGGGAAUCUCAGCAAGUUUUUGAUUUGGAAAUCGCCUGUGCCCGUCAUUAUCGUGCGACCUGAAGACCGGAUCCAGAAGCACCUGUUCAAGCGCCUCGCUGACCCCCGGCGGCAUGAGUAUGCCGCUCUGAUGAAGAAGGAUAGCAUCCUGCCCAUAAGCCGCGCGCCCGAGGCUCAUACUGCAUAG